CCCUCACCCCCCUUCUCUGCCCAAGCAAGCACAACUACAUAUUUUCCCCCAAAGCCAAAUCAGAAGCGCGCGUUGUCUCACACUAAGAAAUUUCGUUGAAAAAUGGGCAAGCGAAAGGCGAAGGCAAAGCCUGCGCCUAAGAAGAGAAUGGACAAGCUGGAUACUGUUUUCACUUGCCCCUUUUGCAACCAUGGUGACAGCGUCGAGUGCCGCAUUGACAUGAAGAACUUGAUUGGUGAAGCUAUAUGUAACAUCUGUCAAGAGAGUUUCAGCACAACCAUCACAGCUUUGACUGAAGCCAUAGACAUAUAUAGUGAAUGGAUAGACGAAUGCGAGCGUGUCAACACUGUUGAUGAUGAUGGUGCUUAAGAAGCUGAUGGGAGGUUCAAGUUCAGUCUUGUUGUAAGGGGAAGGAGAGGGCUGGAAAGUUGUGUCCUUAAGUCAAUAAAGAGUGACCGGCUAGAUCUUCUUCAUGUGGUGGUUGUAAAAUGUAAACGGUGUCUUUUUAAACCUACAUUUGUAGGCAUGUAUAAUCACCAUGUUGUAUUAUUAAUUUGGUAUGUAUAUGCAUGUGUAACCUAGUUUGAAUUUAAAGAUCUUGCCUAAUUAGUAAAAUAAACGCUCAGCUAAGACAACGUGUUGAAUGUUGAUGUGAUGAGCUGGUUUUGAUA